AUGGAGUCACUGCAGGAGACCCAGUGGGAUGUGACAAUCUCUGGCACUGGAAUUGCCCAGUCACUUCUAGCUUUAGCUCUUUCUCGGUCAGGUAAAAAGAUCCUUCAUGUUGAUAAAAAUCCAUAUUAUGGUGGCCCAGAAGCCGCUCUGAGUCUCCAAGAAGCCGAAGACUGGGCUUCGGAGUUAGAUACCACUCAUCUUCCAUUUGAGGAUGCUGCCGUUUUUAUACCUGAACCAUCUGGGUCAGGUUCGGGGUUAUAUUCCUCUAGGGCUUAUACGCUCUCCUUAUCGCCACAACUUAUAUACUCCCGGUCUCAACUGGUGCCGACUUUGGUGUCAUCUAAGGUCUAUCGACAGCUUGAGUUUCAAGCCGUUGGGAGUUGGUGGAUAUAUAAGCCGACGACUGGCAGAGACAAGGAUCUAUACAGAGUUCCUAGCAGUCGUGAGGAUGUCUUUGCAGAUGAUUUUAUAAGCAUGAAGUCCAAGAGGACUCUCAUGAGAUUUCUUCGACAUCUUGGCCAAGGUCAGUUGAACCGGGAGUCACCAGUUGAAGAGCAAUCAACUCUGGUAGACGAGGAUUUGGCCAAGCCUCUUUCGGAAUACCUUACCUCGAAGUUUCAGGUUCCGCCUGAGCUUUAUGAUCCCCUACUCUCACUCUCCUUGUCACAAGCCCCACCACAGGGAACUGUAGCCCAAUAUGCUGUUCCGCGCAUCCAAAGGCACUUGACGUCAAUAGGGGUCUUUGGCCCAGGAUUCGGAAGUGUCUUGGUAAAAUGGGGUGGUGGAUCUGAAAUUUCCCAAGUGGGAUGUCGUGCCCUUGCUGUUGGCGGCGGUAUAUACGUCCUGAAUUCCGGAAUCGAGUCGUUGAACCAAGCCGAGCAAAACGGAGCCGACGAUUCACGCGCUCAGUUACGAUUACUCAGUGGUGAGCCCAUCACUACUAAGUGGGUGGUUGGGUCCGACUGGGAUUUUCCCCCACAGAGCCAAACUGCAGAUGACUAUGAUAAGGUCUCACGAUCGAUUUCAAUUGUGUCAUCGUCCUUGGAAGAUUUAUUCCCAGUCACGGCAGAGGGCGGCCCAAUCCCUGCUGGGGCCGUUGUAGUAUUUCCGGCAAACUCACUCGGUCUUACCGACGAAUCUCCUUGUGUUUACAUCUCCGUCCACUCUAGCGAGACUGCGGAGUGUCCGACAGGCCAGAGUGUUUUAUAUGGUAGUGUCAGCAUCCCGGGACAGCAAGGGCAAUCCUUGAUUGAAAGUGCCGUAGAGAAACUCCUCCAGUCCGGCAUGGAGCCGGCUGCCAAAGUAUUAUGGUCCCUCCGUUACACACAGCUCGGACGAGCAGCUGUUGGAAGUGAAACACACCCCGCCAACGUCGUGUCCGGCAACGUCAUUCGGUUCCCUGCGCCGAGCCUAGACCUUGCCUUCGACGAUUCCACCAUCGAUCUGGUGAAGGACGCCUGGACCACAGUCAUGGGAGACGAGGCUUCUUCCGAAGAGUUCAUGAAGUUCGAAGAUCGUGAAGCUUACGAUGAUGAUGAAUGA